AUGAAGUCCUCAGAUAUACAUUUCUUUGUCAAUGCCUCGGAGUCUCCAGUCUUCAAGACUCACGACACAAUCGAUGGUGAGAUUCUAUUUACACCACAUCAACAAACCGAUAUCGACGAUAUAAAUAUCUCGUUCCAGGGCAAUGCAAGAACUGAAGUUGAAAACAUGAAUACACAUGUCCCACUCCCAUACAACGAACUCCGAAAAACAUUCCUUCGCAUGGACAUAGCACCACUCGACUAUUUACUAGAUACAAACACUCUCAGUUCUGGCAAGACAUAUCGAAUCCCCUUUAAAUUUGUUGUCCCAGACCAACUCCCCAUCCACGCCUGUCACCACCAAUGCUCCAAUCCCCAAAUCCACCAAGAACAUCUGCACCUCCCCGCAAGUCUCAGUUACCAAACACACAAACCCAAUGGUCACGAUAUGUCACCAGAAAUGGCAGAAAUUAUCUACAGCAUCAACUUCGUGUUAUGGCAACGAGGCGGCAAGGCAGGACGAUCCAAGAAACUCCAAGAAGCGAUAUAUCCAGUUCAAAUCCAGCCCACGCGAGAAGAGCAUGCUCCAAUUUUUGUUCCAGCGAAGAAUACAUACUACAAGCUACAAUCUCAAAAGACUGUCACAAAGGGCCUGUUACGACAUACCAUAGGCCAGCUGGAGGUAUCCUCCGCCCAACCACCGGCGAUCCAACUCCACAGUCCCCAGCCACAUAACGAUGUUUCGACGACGCUGAAAAUUGAUCUGCGGUUUCAGCCUACACGUACGAGUCAGGCACCGCCAUCACUUCUGGCUGCGCAAUUUCAGCUUCGAGCUAUGACAUUCUUUGGACUGGAGCCGUGGCGGGAUUCUCCUGAUUUGUCUGAUAUUUCCACAUGGGGUCCUCGUCAAGCUUUUUGGUCUGAGCAUGUGGCUCUUACCGCCGAUCGUGAUAUUAAUGUGGAUUGGAAAUCCCAUUCGGAGAAAGGUCAGGCGGUUUUCACGGCUUCGAUUCAGGUGCCUGUUUCACUACCGUGUCAUCGACGCUAUCCGACUACUUUCCAUUCGUGUUUGGUAUCUCGCGUCUAUGCUGUGAAGGUGAAUCUGUUCUAUCGGGCGCAUGAAAAGGCGAGAGGUACUUCUUCUAUAUCGUUGUCUGUUCCAGUGGAGAUUUGUGCAUGA